AUGAGCCAAAUGGGGCGAGACCUAGGGAAUCUGCAGCGAGAGAUCGUUGCAGUUCGAAAUCGUGUGGAGGACCAGGAGAAGCGCACCGAGAUUUCACUGGAAGAGCUUGAGGCCUUGAUAGCUGCCAAGGAUGAGGAAUACAAGCGAAGGUUUCGGAAACAGGCGCAACAAAACGCCGAUGCGAUCAACAGGCUUCUCGAGCGCCUAGAUUCCAACGCCGUCGAUGAAAAGAGCAAGGUCGUUCACAAGGCUCUCGUUGAGCUGAAGCUGGAGCUCCGCUCGCUCCUCUCGUCUCUGGAGGGAAUAUCCAGCAACGAGGUAUCUGCCAACAAGCUGCGGAGUAUGGGGGCUAUCCGCCACCUGUUGGUCAAUAUUUCAGAGAGGGCGAGGGUGCUGGAGGAGGAGAUUGGAGAUCUCGCUACGCUUGCCAAAGAUAUCGUCAUGGACAGCCCUGCGGCAAUGGUGGGUGAAGAGUUACAAUGGGGAAAAGAGGGGCGGAAGGGUGGUGAAGAGAGGGAGGUUCUGCAGGCACGUCGAGCGGAAGACGGGGGAAACACCAAGCACCACCGUCGCACCUCCAGCGCAGAAGCCGCGACCGCCUUAGUCACAGCAAACCUCGCCGGAGGGGGCGGGAUCACCGAAGGCGCCACCUCGGAGGACGGCGGGGGGGAUGGUGGUGGGAGCAGAGGGGUAGAGUCAUCGACGAGCGGCGCGUCACCUCAAGCGUGGGCCAAGCUCAACUACCUGACCUAUACGAGACAUGGCACCUCGGAAAAAAUGCCUUUUCCGGCAGGAAUGGUUGUGCUCUUGAAGGCCCUCUCGAACGUACUGAACCACUGUGUUGGCACCGGAGACCUUGCGAUACGACUUUCCGUGACGCUGGAGGACCUGACGGUCUACGUUGCUCAGCGCGCGGAUAAGGAACGGGAAUCGGUCAUCCGGCAGCUCAGCGCACCCGUGGAUAGCGUGAAGGAAAAGCUGGGGGAGAUGGAAAACGCUCUUGCCGGCUUCCAACGAACGAUGCACCUCGUCCUUAGCGAAGUGGAUGCGGAUAGAGAGCGCUCGCAGGCCAUCGCAGAACUUGGGACCACCGUGGAAACCAUGCAAAGGUUGUUCUCGCGACUCAGCGAAGAGCUUAGUUCAAAGGCAGGCGCAUCUGAGAUCGAGAAGGCGCUCGAAGAAAUGACGUCGAAAAUCAACAAGUCGGCCAACGAACAGACGAAGCUCCAACGGUUAGGCAGGGUGCUCGGGAAGGACCAGAACAGUUCGGUCGCAAUGAAAAGACUCCAGAUCGAGCUAGAACAGGUACCGAAAGGGCUCGACGAGUGGUACACGGGCGCGGGGGGACUGGGCGGCCCCAAGGAUCGAGUUGUCGAAGUCGGAGGCGGAAACGAUGGAGGCGGUCACGGUGAACGGGGCGGCGGCGGCGGCGGCAGGGGCGGCGGCGGCAGGGGCGGCGACGGCAGCGGUGUUACCGGUAUCGGGACGUCCAGGACACCAGGGCGGACGCAACCCGUGAUGACCCCUGGAAAGAUAGUCCCGCGCGGAUCGGCGACGGCGCCUUCGGCGUCGGCGUCUUCGGCGUCGGGUGAGCCCGGAAUCGUUCCACCUAAAGGUCCUCAGGGUCCACUGCUCUUUGAGAGAACGGGAACGACGGACGAUGUAGGGGGGUCGGGGGGUCCGGGACUGAAAGGGCGGGUGCUGAGGGGAGGUGGAGGGGGCAGUGGUUCGGCAUCGGCGGACGGGAACGUUAGUGUCUCAAAGGAGGAGCAUGCUAUCUACCACCCGUGCGUCGCGAUUGGUCUCUACUUUCAGCGGCGUGGUUGA